AUGUCAAGAUUGAAAAUUCACAAAGGCUUCCAGUUAGUAAUUAUUGGAAGUGGACCUACAGCAAUGGGUAUGCUUCACCGGAUAUAUUCAUUGGUAGAUAAUGGUUCGAUUUCAGAUGACGAUAUUAAGGUUAUUAUUCUUGAAAAAGAAGCUGAAGUAGGUGGUUUGGCUCGAUCUGUAACUGACAACAAAGGAUUUACUUGGGAUUUUGGUGUACAUAUUAUAGGUUUAUCACGAUAUAAAGAAUUCGAAAAUGUUAUUAAUUCUGUUGUAAGCAAGUGGAAUAAAAUAAAACAUUCUGUCAAGGCUGAUUUAGCUCAUUUAUUUAAAAGCGAAAAUCCAGUCAACAACUAUGUGCCUUAUCCUGUGCAACAUUCUAUUCCUUUUUUUCCACCAAAAAUUAGACAGAAAUGUAUUAGUGAACUGAAAAAUUUGCAAGAUGUGCAUAAUGAAUGUUGUUCAAAUUUUGCUGAGUAUAGCGCUAAUAUUUUUGGAAAUACGUUAUUGGAUAUUUUCAUCAGACCAUAUAAUCGCAAGGUGAGUUUAUUUUUUACUCACACAUAUCGCGAGAAAGUAGGACUACUUACUGUAUUUGUUUCGGUGUGGACAGUUGAGUUGGAAGAAAUGAACACUUCUUGGGCAAUAGGUCGAGUACCUUGUAUUAAUUUGGCUAGUAUUGAAUCACUAUGUGGACGAAGCCGACAUGAGCUUGAAAUGAAUGGUUCCAAAUCAUCAUUAAUGUGUUUCAAGUACCCAAAAGAAUUGAAGGGCAUUGGCGAAAUAUGGAAAAAAAUUGCAGAACGUUAUCCAAAAUCUAUUUUUCAUUUAAGAGAGAGAGUGAAAGAAAUUGAUGUUGAAUCGAAAAAGAUAUAUAGUGAGGAUUCGAAGUGUAAGACGCACGCUUAUGAUUAUGAUGCUAUAUUAUCCACUUUGCCAAUACCCGAAUUAUCAAAAAUUUCAAAAGUAAUCAGCAAUGUCGACUUAAAAUAUUCCAAGGUAAUUCUUGUUGGCCUUGGUUUGAAACAUCCUCAGUGUGAAUGGACCCAGUUCGUUACAUGGGCUUAUUUUCCAUUACCUGACACAAUUUUUUACAGGUGCACUUUCCUAUCAAACUUCAGUGAUAACUUAACACCAGAUUCUAAUCAAUUUUGGUCCAUUUUAUGUGAAAUUGGAUUGCGGGCUAAUGAGAAUAUUGUUGAAAAAGAAGUGAUUAUAAGAGUCAUUGAAGGAUUGAAAUUGAAGGGAAUAAUAACUGACAAAAACGAAAUUGUUAAUGAGUGGUUCCAUGUUUUACCAUAUGGGUACCCUAUUCCAACAGUGGGAAGAGACAAAGAAUUAAAACGCUGUCAUGAAGUAUUCGAGUCUCAUAAUAUUUAUUCUCGUGGACGAUUCGGUGGUUGGAAAUAUGAAAUAUCUAAUCAGGAUCAUUGUUUCAUGUUGGGAAUGGAAUGUGCAGACCAUAUCUUAUUUGGGAACGAUGAAACGUUGUACGCUUUGUGA